CACCAAUCGAGUCAUAUGUAAUAGCUAAGCAAUUUCCCUUUCGAACUAACUCUCUUUCGCAUACCGAGUGUGUGUUGUGUUUGAUGCUUCAUCACCAAGAAAAAAAGAAAAAGCAAUACCCCCUUCAUCACGUACCCCAAAUCCCCAGAUCAAAUAUUAUAAAAUUUCAAUCAGUUAACUAUAAAAUCGCAAUCGAAUCAAUCACGGAGAAGAGAAUUUUUGAAAAAUUGGAGAACAGUAAGAGUUUGUACCUGUACCUGAAACCACCAUGGACGACGAUCAAAAUCAAAUCCCGGUGUUAGACCUCCGGCAAUUGAAAGUCUUAUCGGCGCUAGGUCGAGGAGCCAGGGGCGUCGUGUUUCUGGUCCAAGACGAGUCGUCCAAUGGAGAUUUGUUUGCUUUGAAGACGAUUUUGAGAGCUUCCAUUAAGAAGAAUGUUAAGAAGACAGAUAUCAUUGGUAAUGAGAGUAAGCAGAUUUUCUUUGAGCAGGAGGUGUUGCGACUAUCACAGCAUCCAUUGCUACCGAAACUUCGUGGAGUUGUAUCCACCGAGAAUAUCGUGGGGUACGCCAUUGAUUAUUGUCCCGGGCGUGAUCUCAAUUGCCUUCGUAAGAGACAAACGGAGAGAAUGUUUUCCGAUGACAUAAUCAGGUUUUAUGCAGCGGAGUUGGUGAUUGCAUUGGAGUAUCUUCACGGAUUGGGGAUCGUUUACAGAGACUUAAAGCCAGAAAAUGUAAUGAUUCAGGAAAACGGACAUCUAAUGCUUGUCGACUUCGAUCUAUCAACCAAAUUAUCACCUAAACCUCCGUGCGAAGCUCGAUCACCAAAAACCACGCCGUCGCUGUCACCGACGACAUCCGAGUCAUCAACGAAUAACAAAAACCGAUUUUCAUUUUUUUCCAAUUGUUGUCGCCCGGCCAUUCCGGCGGAGGACUCGGUACAUCCCACCGCCGAGUCAGUCGACAACUCAGUCUCAGAACCAAAUUGCGAGCCUCGUCACUCCUUCUCAAAAUCAAACUCCUUCGUCGGAACGGAAGAGUACGUUGCGCCUGAAAUGCUACAAGGAAACGGCCAUGAUUUCUCGGUGGACUGGUGGUGUUUAGGCGUCGUUUUGCACGAGAUGUUGUACGGGAAGACGCCGUUUAAAGGAAUAAACCGAAAGGAGACAUUUUACCAAAUUCUGUCGAAGACGGCGGAGGUCGUCGGAGAGCCGACGCCGUUGAGAGACUUGAUUCGAAAGUUGCUGGUGAAGGAUCCGAAACAGAGAAUAUCAACGACAGAGAUCAAGGGCCACGAUUUCUUCCGGGGAGUUGACUGGGAAGGACUGUUACAAAUCAGUAGACCACCAUUUGUUCCGGGAACGUCCGAUGAGGAUGUGGAUGUGGAUGGCAUGGAUGUAAAUAAAAUCGAUAUUGAGGCUUUUGUUCAAGGAGUGUUUCAAGUCGAUGAUUCUGACGUCCAAAUCCGUGAGAAGGAACAUGACAACGCUUUCUUGCCUUUCUAACAGAUUUUGGCGGUGAUUCAAUACUUUUAUGGGCCGGCCCAAUAGGGUGGGCAAGCUGGACGACCGCCCCGGACCUCGCCAAAUCUCGGGGCCCCGUAAAUUUUGAUUACUAUAUAUAUGUAGCUGAUAUAAAAUAUAAUAUGCAAAAUAUAAACAGAAGUAACUUUGGUUGAGAUGGUUAAAGUGCUUUUGUUGAGUUGUGCGAGGUCUUGUGUUCCAACUUUUUGUGUUCAUAUAUUUUGGAAUUUUUAUCAAUUUACUUGUUAAUCUAAUACAAGGCUAAAAGCCCAACAUCGUAGUUAGGUUUUUUUUGCUUCUUAAGAGAUGAAGUCGACACCUUUCCAAGAGAUGACGUUUCAGUUUUCAAUAAGAAAUUAUGACUAUUUGAUGUUACUCGUAAUACACGGGCUCACAUCAAUUUUCAAGAAGGCAAAACAUAAAUGGGCGAGCAAGAAACCGAAAAGCUGUCAUAUUAUUUUCAUGUUGUUCAAAUUUGGGUUGCUCUCUUCCCUGGUGGAUUUUUUGACCAUGUAGACGGUAAUGCCCCUGGUUCCAUUUGGCUCUUGAUAUGCUUGUCUUUCUCUACGAUGUUUUACAGUUUUCUCCUCCUGAGGUGGAAGUGUA